AUGUCGGAGCACGAAACCACUGUGUUCUCGAGAGUGUCGCCGGUCAGAGGACAAUGUCUGAUUAUUCAGGGACUUCCCGAAUCCACAGCUAGUGCCUCCAAAGGGCGGGUCUCGGCAGACCUGCAACACUUUCAAUGCCUACCCAACGGACUUCUGCGCCCCAAUGAGGAAGUUUCGGUUCUCAAGGCCUUUAGGCUUGGAAAGCGCUCAAUCGACAUAUCAGAGCACUCACGUCACCGACCACUCCAGAUUGUGUUAUCCAACCAAGAACAAGUAGGACUUAUUCUCUCACGACGAUUCCGAAUCAAAGACACCAACCGCGGAGUUUUUUUUUCAGCCGGACUACACACCGGCAGAGAGAAUAAAACGUCGACAAUUAGUUCUGGAACUGAGAACAAGGUUGCAGAAUGGCGAGACAGAUCUUGUGAUCUACAACAACCAGAUAGUGCAGCGCCCUCCCCCAAUCCGUUGGACCGAACCGAUCCGGAUGAGGGCACAGUAGUUUCCUUAAAUGGGAUCCCAAGCGGCACCAUAAUCAAACGCCCCAAAACUCUGAAACUAACAUUUUUUUACACCAACGUGCAGAGUAUAUUGCCCAAGUUAGACGAACUGAAGAUCGACAUCUAUGACCUUUCCCCUGACGUUGCCUCUUUGACAGAAACCUGGCUGUCUGAAAACGUGGAUGACCGCGAAUUAAUGCUACCAGGAUUUCAGUUGUUUCAAAGAGACAGGAGAGAGCGUCAGGGAGGAGGAGUCGUCACGUACGUAAAAGACGGCCUGCUUGUGUCAGAAAAAACAGAACAGUUUGCAUGCAGCGCCGAGACUAUCUGGCUCACUAUAGGGGUACCAAGAUCACAUAGCCUUGAAGUUCUGACCGUCUAUCGACCACCGAGGAAUGACCCCGAGGCUGACGCUCGUCUGUUAGAGGAGCUAGGACGAUUUGCUCUCCGGCCUGACGUCCUAAUCAUGGGCGACUUCAAUGCACCGCUCAUUAAUUGGAGUUCACUAUACGCGCGCGGCACAGAACUAGCUUUCGACCGACACUUCUUGGACAUGGCACUCAGGUCAUUUCUCACACAGCACGUCCUAUUUCCCACGAGGGCCCGUGAGGGGCAGCAGUCAAACUGCUUAGACCUGGUUCUCACGAAAUCGAUGCACAGCAUAGAUGAGGUACAAUAUCUGCCUCCCUUAGGUCGAAGCGAUCACGUUGUACUUAAAUGGGACUAUUCAAUCUUUUUCGUGCCUGAACAGCUCAUCAAAAUUAGAAGAAAUAUUGGGCGUGGGGACUUCGAUCAAAUGAAGGCCGAAAUCAACAAUACGGACUGGGAAUCAGCAUUUUCCGGAAAUAUAGAGGAGGAUUGGAAAUGGUUCAGUGAAUUAUUGCAUGCUCUCCUGACAAACCACUGCCCGCUUUCACGGAAGGGGCUAAAUAAUCGACCCCGGUGGCUGACCCAGGCGUUAAAAAAGGAAAUAAAUAAAAAACGGAGAUUGAUGGGACUCCUGUAUCCAUAAACGCAUACAAAAUACAGAGGAACUUAGUCAAGCGACUGAGCCUCAGGACACGGCAAAAUUUUGAAAAAGACCUAUUGAAUCGUGCUAUGGAAAAUCCAAGAUUAUUCUACAGCUACAUAAGAAGCAGCACACGAAACAGAGAUCCAAUUCCCCUCCUGAAGACAAGCGGAGACGUAGAGAUUAGUGAGGAUGUAGAAAAAGCUGAGCACUUUUCACAAUUUUUCAAAUUCACCUUUACUAGUGAAAGUCCAUUUACUCCUCCCGACUACGACUUCGAUAAGGGUCCAAAAAUUGAGUUUGAAUCUUUUGAUGAAGCGACGGUUCGCAAAGAGCUAAUGAUGCUAAAUGAAUCGAAAUCACCAGGUCCAGACGACCUACCGCCUAAGUUACUGAUGGAGCUCGCUGCCGAACUAGCCAAACCAUUGUCCAUGCUUUUCCAAGCCUCGUUCGAAGCCGGCUGCUUGCCCGCCGACUGGAAAUCUGCGCGGAUCACACCUCUGCAUAAAGGAGACAGCAAGGCCUCUGCAAACAAUUACAGGCCAAUUAGCCUCACUUCCAUCUGCUGCAAACUCAUGGAGAAAAUAAUCAAGCGAGAGCUGAUGCGCUUCCUAGAGCAGCAUAAUUUAUUAUCUGAUGCGCAGCAUGGGUUUCGUAGUGGCAGGUCUUGCGUGACUAACCUGCUCAACUGUUUGGAACGUUGGACUCGGUCAGUUGAUGAAGGCAAUGCGCUGCAUUUAGUCUAUAUCGACUUUAAAAAGGCAUUUGAUAGUGUCCCACAUCAGCGACUCCUGCACAAACUGAGCCGAACAGGCGUUAGGGGUAACCUCUUAAAAUGGAUUCAAAGCUUCCUAUUAGACCGUUGUCAAACUGUCCAUGUCGGUGGCCAGAAGUCGACGGAGGUUGCCGUUGAAAGCGGUGUUCCCAAAGGCUAAGUUCUUGGUCCUACUUUGUUCAUCAUUUACGUCAACGAUUGCGUGAGUGAACUGGAUUGUGGUGUCGCCAUGUUUGCUGAUGACCUUAAGCUCUGGAGCGUCAUUCGAACUGCAGAUGACGAACAGCAAUUGCAGGCGAACAUAAACCGACUCCAACAGUGGUCACAGGCCUGGCUUCUGCCGUUCAACGAGAAAAAGUGCAAUAUUCUACGAGUCGGCAGAGCUCGCUCUCCGAACCAUAUGGCCUACUGCCUAAAUGGUAUACCACUGCAAGAAGUGGACUCGCAGAAGGACUUGGGAGUAUGGAUUACGACCUCGCUCAAACCCUCGCUGCACUACACGAAGAUAGUCAAGUCUGCAAUGUCAGACCUCUACCUUGUCAAGUGGGCUUUCUCUGCCUUUGAUGAAGACUGCUUCGCUAAAGUCUUUCGAACGUUUGUGCGUCCGCAACUAGAAUUUGCUAUCCAAGCUUGGAGACCCUGGACCGCUAAGGACCUCAGCAUCCUUGAAAGGGUUCAAAGGCGUGCAACGAAACUUGUGGCUGGACAGGGUUCAUUACCAUAUGCAACGCGGUAA